GGAAGGAGAGCGGGCGCGGGGCCGUGCGGGGUGUCUCGGAGGGGCCGCGGGGCCAUGGCCGGGAGCAGGAGGAACGUAUUCUUGGCGAAAUUACUGAAGCGACUCUAUGGUGAAACUUCAUCUUCUCUUGUUCAUACUUCAAGUAGAGAAGAGGAGGUGGUUCUUGAAAAUCUUGGAUCAAAAUCUAAAGAAAAGAAUUCAGAAAAUGUUCAGAUUUCAUCAGCAGAAUGUAGUACGUCAACUAAUAUACGCUGUGAAUCGAUUCAAGGUAAUGAUGAUACAGUUACAUCUCCAAGAAGAAUUUACACGGUGGAUCUUCCUCCAGAGGGUUGUGUUGCAGUUACUCCAGAUGCUCUUAGUAAUGCAGUUUCUGAAAACUCUGGCAGUAGUUCUGACUCAACAGAAGACGAAUAUCAAGGGCAAACCAAGAGAAAGCGCAUUCGAAGGAAGAAACAAAAGAGCAGUUUACAAAUCUCUAGUAAUUUACAUGGAGAACAAACAGAUUUGGGAGUGCAAGAGACUGUUGUUCAAGAUAAUUUACAGCUGCAGCAAACAGACGGUCCCAAAUUAAGCAAAAACAAAAAGAGGAAAAUGAAAAAGAAGCGGCAGAAAGAAAAAAAGAGAGCAGCUGGCUUAGUAACAAAAACUACCAGUGUGGAUUUUACAUAUCAGCCUGACAAAAACAACAAAGAAGAAGCAGCAGGCUUAAAAGACAUAGGUGAAAAGGCAGAUAGCAUUAUGGACUUCCUGCAGGCAACACAACAAAUUUAUUUUGCUGACAAGAAAUCAGAAUGCAGAGAUGCUGCUGUAGAUCCAGCAACUGCCCAAGAGCUCUUACAAUGUCUUGAAUUUCGCACCAUCUCUUCCUCAGAUGUGACUCAUCUGCAUCGGCUGAAAUCCCUUGUAUUGCUACAGGAUAUUGAGAGAUUGAAGGAUGCUUUGAAACAAUUCCAAGAACAAUCUAUGAUGUCUCCUGGGGCUGAAAUUCUACAAAGGCUCAGAAAUCAUGGUUAUUCCUCUCCGGAGAAUGACACCUGGGUACAUAAGGUUGCUGCAGACCCAGGCUGCAGCCAAGAUGGUUAUCAACCCGUCGGACACGGCGCUGCAGCGGGCGGCGCUGCUCCUGGGGCUGUUCGGCAUCAGCAUCUCCGGAUACAGCACACACCAGCUCACGCAGACCAAGAGAUUCCCCCUGACCGCCUCGGCUGUCUGAGGAUGGCACCCAGGACGUCCAGCCUUGUGUCAGUACCGACGGAGAGAGGCUUUUCUGCCACUCACCGGUGGGCAGGGGAUGAGCUGCAGCCGUGAUUUCUGCAUGCAGAGUUACAUAGGUGGAAGAACUGCAGACUUCUUCAAGAAAGAAUAAAGAUAACUGCCACCAGAGGCAUCGGAUUUUCAAAUAAGACAAACUUUCUGUAAAUACUAUGGACUUCUUUUGUUAUUCAGAGUAUACCUAGAGAUCUAAAGGUAUAAAAUGCAGUUACAUUCAGAGUAAACAGACCAGUGUUGGGUGCUGGGCUCUGGCAGUGUCACUGCGUUGCAGCUUUUGCAAAUGACUCCAGUGCAAAGACUGUUUUUGCAAAGAAGUUAGAAGUAAUAUAUUCCUCAUGGCAAGAGUUAGAACAAAUGAAAUUAAUUUCCCAUAGACUCUUUGCACUGUACAUUUGGGUAUUACAGAAUUGCACUCUAGCUUUUUCUAUGGAAUCUUAAACAUUUCUUGAUGCCUUUUGAGUAGCAAUGUUUGUGUGUUGUAACUCGAGCUGGUGGCCACAGGCUACACCAGCCAUAUGGUGCUGGGAAGGGCCCAUGGCUCCAGAGCAGAAAACUUCAUAGCUGUGCACAAACCCUCUGCUCUAGAAAGUGUCAGUAAAAACAUUGGGUUGGGUUCCAUUGCAGAGUUCAAUAUCUGGCUAUGUUCUUCUGCAAAGUCAGCUCAUCUCAUAAUAUACAUUCUGAUUAAAAUAGAAAUAGAGCUUGACCUUUUCUCCCUAUUUCUCCCUUAUUUGCUUCUCAUGUGGUACAAUGGCUUAUUCAGGAAAGUUCUCUUACUAUUGGUUUGCACUUUUCCAACUGUUUCUUAUGUUUUAUGUAAACAUGGCUUUGUAGGCUCUUCUGUGCAUACAUUAGCAUUUAAAAUCCUUUGUUCUUGGUUACUAAAUACAAAUAUUAUUUUGGGGUCUUUUUCAGUGUCUAAAAUGAUUUUAUCUGUCAACAGUGUUUAAAUUCAACCACUAAGGGGCAUCCUACACAGCUGAAUAUUUUGAACUCUUAAGAUUACUCAUUCCAACAUGACAAACCACAAAUUGAAUCAGGCUGAAAUUUUUACUUUUUCAUUUUUUAAUUGUUCUUGUCCCUGUUUGCCUUUUGCUCACCCUCUCUAAGAAAUGCUUCUCCUCCCCCCACAAGUUUUGUUAGAAGACGAUGAGAAAAUUAGUGUUUACAAGGUCAUUUUUUUUUUUCAAUGUACCAGGUCACAAAUUACCUCCAUCUUAUAUAGAAUUCUGUUUAUAUUUAAAAAAAAAAAUCAUAUAAUGAAAUAUUUCAUCUUCUGACUUCACCUACAAGACAUGAAACAAAAUACUUGAACUCCUUGGCAAAAUUAAGAAUGAGACCUCUGGAAAGCAUUCAGUCACAGAGACUGACACAAUAUAGAGUGACCCCCACCAUCAUCCUCAGUAUACCAUAAUUAUGGCUUUUUAAUCUGUUAUAGGAUUUUUGGCUGUUGUGUUUUUGUUAAUUGAUUUCCUGCUCCCAUUCAACAUGAAUGUAAGACCAUUAGCUGUUUUCAGGGCCAUUACUAUGCUAAUGCAAACUCUUUUGUUAGAUGAAGACUAUGUGCAAUAACAUCAUUUUAACAAGAUAUACUAGAAAAAAAAAUAAAUGAUGACUUGGCCACUGAGAUGUUCCCAUUGGAAAUGAUGCCCAUGCAGAAUGUGUACUUUUCCAUGAGAAUUGUUUUGAGUAGUUUUGAAAGCUUUAUUUAGUGCCAGUGAAAAUGACAGGAGGACAACACAGGCAAUAGGCACACUAAGUGUGGAGAGAUUUUAUAAAAGUAGAGGCCAUAGGAGCCUCAGAAACAUACAGUGAAGCACCAGGGAGCUGUAAUUGAAAUUAUUUAGGAAACAGACGUGUUUUAACUUGCUUCUGAAGAAUUGGGCCUGGGCAGAAAAUCACUUUUAUGUGAAAAGUUGGGACUGCGUCCAGCAGAUGUAGGCAUUGGUAUCUAACCUAUCUGUUCCUGUAGAAAUCUACACCCAAAUAUCCAUUUUCUGAAGUGCAUCUGCCACCUCGUGCCAGGCACAGCAGACAGCCCUGUGCCCUUCUCUUUCACUGCUGGGGCUCCCUGGAUGACCUUUCAGGUUUCCCCUCAGCCAGGUGGGACUGGGCUGUGCUGAGCACCAAGGCACCCAAACCUCAUGGAAGUGGCAACAGCAUUCCUGUCUUCUCAUCUUUCCUGUGUCUGGAAGCCCAGCCAUGGACUGGAACUUGCCCUGAAUAUGGCUGGAAGCUGAAAUCCCAUGUCCCUUUUUGUCCUGCUGCUUGUUAGAGCAAGAACUCUUUGGCAGAGGAAGGAAAGGCACCUGCCCAGGUGCUCCAUGGAGGAGACACUGUGCCUCCCUCCUGCUGCUCUCCUGAAGUCCCAGGGGACCCUGGCUCCCAGAGGAGGCUGGCAGGAUGAGCCUGUCCCUGCUCUACACCCACCACAAACAGGACAUUAAGACAAGCUAAGACCUUUUCCUCCUAAGUGCCUGUUAGCUAAGUUUGCCCACUCCCUGCACACAGUGUGCCAUGGAUUUGGACCUUUCUUAUGUUUGCCAUGUUUAUAGAUAUCUAACAGAAGCCUGCAGGCUCAGUGUGUGGCUGGGCUCCCAAAACCUGAGUAGGAUACUGCUCCAUGCUGCAAUUCUCAAACCUGCCUGUGAAUUUUUUCUUCAAAGCUCUGAGCAUACCAAACUUCAAGCAUAUGUUUAUGUCCUAUAGAAGUCAAAGGGGGUUUAAGGAACAUCCUUACAUCCUUUGCCAGACUGAGGUAUUUAAUCUUUUCCUUGAUCUCCACCAAAGAAGCAUUUACAUUUUAAAUAUAUUUGUACUUUUGUUUAUAUGGUUUUACUUCAAAAAUGUUGGCAAUUCAUCAACAAUUGAAUGCUGAUGAAAGUCAGGAGCCUGGUGAGCUUGGGGAGGUUAAUGCUGCAUUACCUAGUUUUAAGAAACACCAAGCAGUGGAUUGCAUUUGGCAUAUAAAUUGUUAUGUUUGAGGACUUACCCUCCAGGAAUCACUUUGUACCUUCCCUAGCUUCUAAAAAUAUUUAAAUGGAAAUACUAUUUGAGCUAGAAAUAUUAGACCUUCUUUACAAAUACACUUUAAAAACCAUUUCAUAAAAUUUAUUGGAUUGAUUUUACUUCUAAUAUCAGGCAAAUAUAGGUUAAUAUCUCCUGAUACUGAACAGUUGUAACUCAACUAAUCCACUUCUAACAGCAGUAACUUUUCUAGUCCAAAUUAUGUCUUGAUAUAUCAACUUAAUUAUUUUAUUCUUUGAGGAGGAAUCACAGGAGAUUUUGUAGCUGUUUGAUUUGUAUGCCUGAGUUCACCUUCUAAAGGUAAGAGAAAUGAAAGUAUUAAAUAAUCAGAAACUCAAACAUGGUUGUUACUCUAUUCAAAUAGCUGUAGCAUAGAUUGGAGACUUGUUUGUGAUAAGUGGCACUGCUAGUGAAUAUCACAGAGCAUUCAAGCUCUUUCACAUGUAUGUACUCAGUUACCUAAAGCAGGAUUUCUGUCUCCUUCCAUCAGGUCAGGCAACUAAGGGCAGUCACAAGGAAGAACUCAUCUACUACUAAGGGAAGUAUAAAAUAAAGGGAGUGUCUGACAUAUUUUGGUGCACCUUCUGGAAAUUAUGCUUCUGAUCAGAACUGUUUCUCUAGACCAUUAUUCAUGUCUGAAGUCAGGAUUGCAGGUGCUGUAGCUCCAAUAUAGCACAGAUCCAACAGAAGAAGUUGAGUUUGCCUUACCCACCAGUGGAUGCUCCAUUUCUUAUGAGGCAGUGGUAAUGUCAUCAUGGGGCUGAGCCCCUAAUUCAGUGUCUGACUGAGAACAGAAUGCAAACAAACUGAGAAACCUUUCAUUUUAGGCCAUGCAUUUUUGCUAGUGCCAGAUUCCAGGGAGUCUGGUCUCAGCUGAGGUUUCAGAUGCUGCUGUGGUGGUAAUUGACAAAUUAAUAAAUUAAUAAAUAAAACUAGGGCA